CAGAACUUGAAGUUGAACUUGAAGGGAGUCCCUUCGAUCCGAGCUGUUUCCCCGCUGUUUCAAGGGCGGGGCGACGAAAGAACUACCAAUCUCUUGUGCUUGUCCUUGUCCUUCCGGGCAGUGCUCUCGCCCUCUAGGUGUAAACCAGGUUCGUCUGUGGAGAGGAUUCUUUGAGUCCGUGGCUUUCACAAAACUGCGAAGGGAGCUGCACAGGGAGCGUUCUGUCAUUGAUCCUGCAGCAUUAGGACCGGCACCAUCAUGUUUGGGCCAAGCUUCAAGUCGGCAAAAUGCAAGACGCAACUGAAGUUGUGCGUCUCGCGAGUCAAGUUGCUUCGGAACAAAAGGGAGAUGACGGUGAAGCAGAUGAAGAAGGAAAUUGCGGACUUGCUGAAGGAAGGAAAGGAGCCAAGCGCAACCAUCCGGGUCGAACACAUUCUCCGGGAAGAGGCAACAAUGGCUGCGUAUGAUGUCAUAGAGCUGUUCUGCGAGCUUCUGUGCGUGCGUUUGCCGAUCAUCGAGGCCAACAAGGACUGCCCUUAUGAUCUGAAAGAGGCUAUUGCCAGCAUCAUCUUCGCUGCCCCUCGGUGCGCAGAUCUGCCAGAGUUGCAGCAGCUUAGAGGGCUCUUUGCUGCCAAGUAUGGGAAAGAAUUUGCAGCGGCGGCGGCGGAGUUGAGGCCCGACAGCGGUGUGAACAGGAGGAUCAUCGAGAAACUGGCCAUCCGCCCUCCCUCCGGCGAGGUAAAGCUCCAGAUGCUCAAGGACAUUGCGGCUGAGCACAACUUCGAGUGGGACUCGUCCAAUUCCGAGAAGAUCCUGAUGGAGCCAAAGCAAGACCUGCUGGACGGCCCCCUCGCCAACCCCGCGCCCAGCCACACCGCGCCUCAGGUUACUCCCCCCCCGGCGACCGCGCCCCCGGCAAGUGCUUCGAAACUCACCCGGGAAGAAUCGGCGAUCCCCCCGCACCUCCUCCCGGGGGCCCACGACAACCCUCAGGAAGAGUACCGCCCUCCCCCCUCCCCCGACACCCCCCCCUACGCAGUGAACCACUCCGGCGCACAGGGGGAUCCCUUUGCGGGGCUGACUUACACGGUGCCCGGGAGAGCGCAGCCGUCCCCGUUAGGCCCGGCCGUGAUGGGGAUGCCGGCGCGAACGCCGUCGAUGGACGACGAGGAGCUUUUUGCACCGUCGAAAACGCAGGCCGAGACGGAGUACUCGCAGCAAGGGGGCGGCAGACGGCCCCCUGGCGGGCGCGAGGAGUAUGCUGACGUAGCGGCGGCGGCGGCAGCCGCUGCUGAGUCGGCGGAUCGGGCGGCGGCGGCGGCGCGGGCGGCUGCGAGACUGGCAGGGAGUCUGGGGGGAGAGCGGUCUCAAGGCCGGAGAGGAAAAGAGAGCGGUGGGCAGUACCGAGGCGGGAACGAGUACGACGAAGAGAAGGAUUAUUACAAGGGGGAGAAGCAGCUUGACAAGGGCGGGAAGCAGGAAAGCAGACAGGAGCCGAGCAACGGAGAGGUUCAAGCCAAGAGCGGGGGUCCAUACCAGGGAGAGAAUCAGUACCGAGGUGGGGGUGAAUACAGGAACGAGAACCAGUAUAAGAGUGAGAAUCAGUACCGAGGGGAGGCCAGCACGGCGGGGCGGAUGGCGAAAAGCGGGAGUGCUGGCAGCGACGGUUUCUUCUCGGAGCCCCGCAGCAAUUCCGGGAACGGAAGCGAGGAGGGCUGGGGACGGGCGGAAAGCCAACGGAAGCCGCCCAAGGCUGUGAAAAGGUACGACGAGAACGAGGGUGGCGGAGAAGAAGAGGCUCCCAGCGGGGGACGGACUUUUGCCGAGAUUGGAGCGCAGUUUGCACGGACUGGGUCUGCCGGGGGGAGUUCGUCUGGCAGCGGGAACGUCUUCGAAAAAGAAAAGUCCAAAAAGUACGACUCGCAGGACAGCAUGGCGCGCCGGUUCGAGGAGUUUGAGACACGUGGCGGCUCGGGAGAGGACAACGCCGAGUCCGGGGGCGAGCAGGGGGGCUACGACGAUGACGACGAAAUUGAUCUGCCGGGGCCGCCGAAGCACGACCCCCGGAAGCUGAACUCGUUCCGGGAGGGGCGCGAUCCGUUCGACGAGGCGCCGGAACCCCCCCGCCCGGAAAAGGGGUCCUACAUUCCCGCCGGGAAGGACGGCUACAUCUUCUUCCACGACGAGAAGCGCAACGUGACGCUGGAUGAGGUGCCCCCCCCGGACACGUUUGAGAAGGCCGGGAGGAGCGCCCUGCCUCCGCCCCCGGGUCAUCCCGAUCGGGACAGGGUGCUUAGGGCCGCGACUCCCCCACGAGGCAAUUCGCCGAUCAAUGAGCGACGGGAUGGCUCGUCAAACUUUGAUGACCCGUUUGAGCUGCCGUCGGCUCCGCCCGCGGCAGACCUGGACGACCUGACGGCACGGUUCGAGGCGCUGAAGUCUAGGCAUUGAUUUCGUAUUGUCUAUACUUUAGAGUUAGCUCGUGAAGGUAACAAGGCAGCACAUACUUCAGGACUAAUUAUCUUUUACGGUCCCUUUUGGUUCCUUGUGAUCAGCAACCUCUGACAUUGCAAUUGCUGACGGUUGGGGCAAGCUUCAACCUCAAGCUUGUUUACAUCAAUGAUUUUGGCUGCUGACUGGUGUCCGCCACCUAGGCAGGAACGCGACAAUCAUUCCCUUGCAUGAGCCAGUAUGAAGAUUUGAG